AAGGAAGAAGGGACAAUGGCUUCGUUAUCGCUAUCUCCUUGCAUAGCCAUGCGAGCACCCACCUACUCUGCUUCUCUGAUUCUCACUGUCUCCACAUCAUCUUCACUCUCUUUCAAUGUUUCCCGUAGAGGCUCUAACGCUCGCUCUCCCCUCCUCCAUUGCUCCUUCCUCUCAUCUCCUUCUUCCCUCUCUUUCCCUUCCUCUGUUUCAGGCUUGUCACUUGGAUUGGACUUGACAUCUAAUAUUGGGGUGAGAAGGGGAAAAGGUUGUGGCUUGGUUGUGAGGGCAGGCAAGGCUGCUCUUUGUCAGACUAAGAGAAGCAGAUCAAGAAAAUCAUUGGCUCGCACCCAUGGUUUCCGCAAACGGAUGAGCACACCAGGUGGAAGAGCUGUCCUUAAGCGACGACGUGCCAAGGGACGGAAAGUCCUUUGCACCAAGUCCCACCCAAAUAGUGGCAAAUAAGCUGAACUUAUAUUGACAUUAGUUGCGACAUUACCUGUUGUGAACAUCGUCAAAUUCCCCUUUCACAUUGUUGGGUGCUAUAGACAGGAUAAUCAACAUUCAAGUCAUUCAAAAAUGAGAUUUUCUCUCUUGUGUUCUUCUUUUGCUUAUCGUGUAAAAGUAGUGGAACAGUUUUUUAAGUGGAAUGUUUAAGCCUUAUUUUUUGGGUGUGUUGAUGUUUAAGGUACAACCUUGUUUUAACUUGAUCGUAGAAUAUAGUUUAAGGUACAACCUUGUUUUAACUUGAUCAUAGAAUAUAGUUUAAGGUACAACCUUGUUUUAGAUUCAGUAUCUUAUGAAAUCCAAUUAAGUCUUAGCUUUCAAUAACUGGUAAAAUGGUUUGUCACUAUGAAGGUAAGACACACUAGUUUGCUUUUGCCAGGUAUUGAUUUAUACAAGUAUUUGACACUUGUAUGUAUGCGUGUUAUAGGCAUUUAACAAGGAUAGCAAUUUGUUACUUAUUAGCAUGAGAAUAAUGAGUAUUAUUCUUAAGCUUUUGGAUUUCAUGUUGAGGACAGAAGGAAAAACAAAGGAUUAGUGAUUAUGACCUCUUGUUUGGAAAUUAAUUCAAUAUGAGAGGAAGGGUUAGAGUUUUUUUU